GCCGCGGAGACUCGGCCGGGCGACCCGCCUCGGCCGGCCCCUGGAGCUACCAUGUCGUUCGCGCUGGAGGAGACGCUCGAGUCCGACUGGGUGGCGGUGCGGCCCCACGUCUUCGACGAGCGCGAGAAGCACAAGUUCGUGUUCAUUGUGGCCUGGAACGAGAUCGAAGGCAAGUUUGCUAUAACCUGUCACAACCGAACGGCCCAGCGGCAGAGGAGCGGUUCCCGGGAACAGGCGGGCACACCCGCGCCCGAUGGCAGCGGCGGGCCCGGCAGCCCGGCGGCCCGGGGUCGGCCCGAGGCCGCCGCCUCGGCCACGGCGCUCCGGAGCCCCGGGGCGCGGAGGAGCCCGGCCUGGGCCGAGGGCGGCUCUCCGCGCAGCGCGCGCAGCCCGAGGGGGGAUCCUUUCCGGGGUCCGGCGGGCAGAGGACCGGAGAGCCCCCAUCGUAGCCCCGCGCUGGCCAAGGCCAGCCCGCUCCGCAGGGGCCCGGAGCCCCGAGAUGCGACCGCCGCUUCCACGCCAGCCCCGCCGGCGCCCCCGGUGUCGUCCGUGAGGGUGGUGAGCGCGUCCGGGGCGGUCUCCGAGGAGAUCGAGGUGCUGGAGAUGAUGAGGGAGGACGAGGCGCCGCAGCCGCCGCACCCCGACCCGGAGCGUCCGCCGUCCGCCGCGGAACUGGAGUCUUCCGCUGAAGAGUGCAGCUGGGCCGGGCUCUUCUCCUUCCAGGACCUGCGGGCCGUGCACCAGCAGUUGUGCUCAGUCAACUCGCAGCUGGAGCCGUGUCUGCCGGUGUUCCCGGAAGAGCCGUCCGGCAUGUGGACGGUGCUGUUUGGGGGCGCCCCCGAGAUGACCGACCUGGAGAUAGACGCUCUGUGUUACCAACUCCAGGUCUACCUGGGCCAUGGCCUGGACACGUGUGGCUGGAAGAUCCUCUCCCAGGUGCUUUUCACCGAGACGGACGAUCCGGAGGAGUAUUACGAAAGCCUCAGCGAGCUGCGGCAGAAGGGAUACGAAGAGGUGCUUCAGCGGGCCAGGAAGCGCAUCCAGGAGCUCUUGGACAAGCACAAGACUAUAGAGAGCAUGGUGGAGCUUUUGGACUUGUAUCAGAUGGAGGACGAAGCCUACAGCAGUCUUGCAGAGGCCACAACUGAACUCUACCAGUAUUUACUUCAGCCAUUCCGAGACAUGCGAGAGCUUGCCAUGCUGCGAAGACAACAGAUCAAGAUUUCCAUGGAGAAUGAUUAUUUGGGACCACGAAGAAUUGAGAGUCUACAAAAAGAAGAUGCUGACUGGCAGCGGAAAGCUCAUAUGGCUGUGUUGUCUAUUCAGGAUCUCACUGUCAAGUAUUUUGAAAUAACAGCUAAAGCUCAGAAAGCUGUGUAUGAUCGGAUGCGAGCAGAUCAGAAGAAAUUUGGCAAAGCAUCAUGGGCAGCGGCAGCUGAACGCAUGGAAAAACUCCAAUAUGCAGUUUCUAAAGAGACUUUGCAGAUGAUGAGAGCUAAAGAGAUUUGUUUGGAGCAGAAGAAACAUGCACUAAAAGAGGAGAUGCAAAGUUUACAGGGUGGUACAGAAGCUAUAACUCAGUUGGAUCAACUGGAAUCGGAUUACUAUGAUCUGCAACUCCAGUUGUAUGAAGUACAGUUUGAAAUCUUGAAGUGUGAAGAGUUACUAUUGACUGCACAACUAGAGAGCAUCAAAAGACUUAUCUCAGAAAAGAGAGAUGAAGUGGUGUACUAUGACACUUACGAGAGCAUGGAGGCCAUGCUGGAGAAGGAAGAGAUGGUGGCAUCUGUGCAUGCACAGAGGGAGGAGCUACAGAAACUGCAGCAGAAGGCACGGCAGCUGGAAGCAAGAAGGGGGCGUGUCUCAGCCAAGAAAGCCUACCUCAGAAAUAAAAAAGAAGUUUGUAUUGCAAAACACAAUGAAAAGUUCCAACAGCGUUUUCAGAGUGAAGAUGAAUAUAGAACCCAUCACACAGUACAACUAAAGAGAGAAAGAUUACAUGAUGAAGAAGAAAAAAAAAGUGCCUGGGUUAGCCAAGAGAGACAGAGAACAUUGGAUAGACUUCGCACAUUUAAGCAGAGGUACCCCGGGCAAGUCAUCCUUAAGUCAACCAGAUUACGAGUGGCUCAUGCGAGAAGAAAAGGCAUGGCAAGCCCUGUGCCCUGUGAGGAGCAGUACGGCUCUCUCCCAGCAGUGCAGGGGGAGGAGAAAUCAGAGGUGGGAGAAGAAAGAAGCCAGCUUGGGUCUUCACAGGCUGCAGAGCCCCAGAGUCUUGUCCAACUUGAAGACACUUCAUCAGUACAACUUGAAGACACUUCAUUACCUCUCAGUGCUGUUACCUCUGAACUGUCUCCUGUGUCACUUCCACUUUUGACUUCUAAUGACCUCAAACCAUGUUCUGCUAUCACAGAUCCACUCCCACCUACUCUUCCUCCAACACCUCCUCCUCUCCCUCCUCCACCCCCACCCCCACCCCUUCCUGUUGCAAAGGACAACAGCGCUACCACCACUGCAGAGACACUGGAGAGAGAUCUCCUUAAAAAGGAGAGCAAUGAGAAGAGGAUCCCAAAGUCAGCCAGCGCCCCAUCAGCACACCUCUUUGAUAGCAGCCAACUGGUCAGUGCCCGGAGGAAGCUCAGAAAGACUGCUGAAGGUUUGCAGAGGAGGAGAGUGAGUUCACCCAUGGAUGAGGUAUUAGCAUCCUUGAAGCGUGGUAGUUUUCAUCUGAAAAAGGUUGAACAACGGACUCUGCCUCCUUUUCCUGAUGAAGAUGAUAGUAAUAAUAUCUUGGCGCAGAUAAGGAAAGGGGUAAAAUUGAAGAAGGUUCAGAAAGAAGUUUUGAGAGAAUCCUUCACACUUCUGCCUGAUACAGACCCUUUGACACGGAGCAUCCAUGAAGCUCUGAGAAGAAUAAAAGAAGCAUCCCCAGAGUCAGAGGAUGAGGAGGAGGCUUUGCCUUGCACAGACUGGGAGAACUAGCAGGUGGCUUAACAAAAAGAAGAAAAAUACUAAUGGAUGAAGACUGGCUCUGAUUCUUUAGCGAAAAAGUUUAAGCUCUUGGUCCCACAAUUGGAUUCCAGUAGAGUCCAAGUAUUGGCAAAGUGGUAUGAAAAAAAGGAAGCUCAAUUGGGAGGUUAUUACUGUUCAGUCACUCAUUGAUAGUGGUGACAUCAGUUUUAUAUGUGCAGUGUUUGUGACUGCAGUGAGAAAAAGCCUCCUGGAGAUGGUUAUUUGUUACACACCUUCUCUUCCCAUCCACCCAUUCAUAACCUCAUAGUGGUCAGCUGCUCUAGGUGUUGCUAUGAAUUCAAAGAACACUGAGUUGGCAGAGUGCUGCUGUGUGAGCUGCUUUGGGAUUCGUCAUUCAGUGAACUGAGAAGAUACUUGCUGAAGCACAGCUUGCUUCCACAACAGCUUAUAGAAAUAGAGUGAUGUGCUAACGAAGACACUUAUCAUGGUAGUUAUGGCCAGGAAUUAAAAGGAAACAUGGAAUACACUUAAAUUUUCACAUUAUUCAUCUCCAGAGGAGAUGUUCAGUAUCUGAGAAGCCAGUGGAGAUAUACCUAUUAAUGUGUGCCGAAAAUAUGACACAUUGAAGAAGGCAUAUCUUUAAGAGGCAACAGUCUUACAUUUUGUAAGAGUUUGAAGUUAAAUUUUCCAUGCUUUUAAAAUAGCGUUUCAUAAUUCUGAAUUUAGAAUAGUUUGAAUUUUAUGUGCAUCCUGUUUAUGAGAAGCAAUGCUUUGUAAUUUGAUAAUGUUUCAAAUUAUUUUUAGUUUUUUUGUUUGAACUACUGCUUGAUUACUAUAACUCAUGACUUUUCUAUUGAGAAUCAGAUAUCAGGAUUCAACCUUAGAGGCACAGAUUAGAAGUCUUUGUAUCAUGCGCCAGUUUAAGUUUUUAUUGUUAUGCUCUAUGGUGAGAAGCACGUGUUCAGUAAAGGUCCAGAAGGUAGCCAGUCCCAAAGCCUCCAGCUGGCUUUCUUAUGCUUUGGAUAGAACUUUAGGGGAGGAGCAUUUGUUGCUGUCACUAAGUCUUAUGCUUACAUGCGUAGAUUUAGUGAUGACUUAGCUGUAUUUUAAAGGAUCCAGUAAUGAAUGGAGCUGGCAUGGAUUGUCACUGGGAUUAUGUGGAUGUGCAUGAAGGCAGAUGUGCUGGAUCCAGGUUAGUGUGUGCUAAUGGUGAAGACAGGUCUUGGCUUUAUAUGGAGGGAUUGAAAUACCAAAAAGAAGUUCAUUCCUAAAACGUUCUUUUUCAGCGUUGCCCUGAAACUGCCAUGAAACAGAAGCCCCUCAAUGUUUGCCAGUGUUUUCCUCCAGAAACAUGGCUCCCUUCUUGUCACUUUUAAGAAAUGUUUUUCUUUAAAUUAAUUAUGAAAAAGAUUAUUAUAAUGGGUUCUAGAAAACCAAAUCAUUGCACCUAAAUAUUCAUAACAUGUUUAUUGAUGAGACUGAGAGCUCCUGUAUAAUUUCUUUUAUAUAUUGUUUUUAGUCCUAGGAUAAUUCCCACAUCUGUCCACAACAAUUAAAACAGCUCUGAUAUACAAACCUCAUCCCAAGAUGAUCUCUGUGUUCUUUCUACCUUCAGUAAAGUACCACACUGUUUAACCCAGAGGCACUGCUAGAUAAAAACUACAAAGUCACCCAGCAUGUAUACACUUCUCAUAUUUACAGAUCCAGGCAUCAGUAUUUUAUCUUUCUAGUUUAUUUAUUUGCUUUUGAGACUGGGCUCAUUUUUACAGCAGUCUUCUUACAUCUCCCUCUCCAGUGCUGGGAUUACAGGUAUAUGCCAAGAUGCCUGGCUUUAUUUCUUUUUUAAGAUUCAUAUUUUAAAAUUAUCUUAAAUUAUGUUUAGUAUGUACACAGAGGCUCUGCCCUGGAGCUAGAUUUACAGACACCUGGCAUGGUUGCUGGUAAUCAAAAUGGGUUCUCUGAAAGAAUGGUGCGUGCUCUUAAUCCCUGAGCCAUCCCUCCAGCCCCAUUUUUUUUUUUUCUGUUUUUUUUUUGAGACAGUUUCUCUUUACAAAGACAGCCUUGUCUGUCCUGUACUGGCUUUGUAGACCAAGCUAGCCUCAAACUCACAGAGAUCCUCCUGCCCCUGCUUCACUGAGUGCUGGGAUUAUAAAUGUGUACCGCUACGCCCCGCCCAUUUUUUUUUUAACUUUAGGAAAAUAAGGAAUGUAAUUUAAACUAACAAAAGUCAUUGUAUUGUAAUCAGUUAUCUUUGUAUCAUAUGCUGAAUGGGAUAACGAGCAGUUCUCAGCACAUCCUGACACAGGUCUCCAGGUAUGACCGCAUUCCCAACAAUCCAGCACUACAUCAUGGAGCCCGCCAGCCCAUUUUCAAGUAAAUUAUUUCCUCCUAACAUGCCGGUCUCUCUGCCCAGGAACCUAGUUCUUUAAUUAGAGUGUGGCUCAGUAGAGUACAAGACCUCAUGUUCCAUCUCUAGCAUUGCUUCCUAAUCCCCCAAGAAGAUUUCUACUUCAUAAAAUCAUACACCAUUGGAGUUAUUCACAAUAAUACAAUUUAAAAUAACUAGUAUACAUGUGUUCAUCAAAGCAACAGAUGAACCCUCAUUAACCUAGAGUGGUUCUUAGGGCCACAGGAAAAUGAGAACAAGCAUGGUAGCACCCCUCUCCCCAAUUUUAGUUUCCUAGACACCUGAUAAAACAAGGACCUUUUGCUUAGUUUUGGAUGCAGUCAGCAGACCAGAAGUGAUAAGCUGUGGCAUUCCCCGUACAUUCAUGGGUCUACUUGUCAUGGCCCUCACAGUCAGUGUUUCCAGUUCUGCUUAUACAGUCAGAUUCCUGCUGUGUCACUCUUUAUCCAGACCCUGCUGAUUUGUGCUGUUCUCAGAUAUUUUAUACUGAGAUGGGAAACAAGCAGAUGACUUGAGAGUGCUUAGCUUAGUGUCAUGCAUACUUGAAUGUCAGUUUCAAAUACUUCCCUCAUACAACCAAAAUUAUGUGUAAUAGCCAAUAGACUAUGUACAGAAAAGGGUGACUGUUUAAAGUCCUAAUUGUAUUUUAGCAGUAAGAAAUUGCUGGGAAAUGAGGACUUUUAGGGGCUAAGCAAUGGCUUUAUUUAAAGAGUGCUUUAUUGUGGAUAUAGAGUUCAUAAACAGCACAAAAGCAAUCAUUCUUAGUUGUUCAGUGUGCACUUAAACUUUUUGCAAAAAUCCUUUUUCCCCCCUUCCUGAGACAGGGUUUCUCUGUAGCCCUGGCUGUCUUGGAACAACUCCUAGAACCAGGCUGGCCUUGAACUCAGGGAUCCACAUAUCUCUGCCUCCUGAAUGCUAGGACUAAAGGCAUGCAACACCACACCUGGCACACGCCUGAUGUGGCCUUUCUUCGUGAGCACUUUGUUGACUCUACAGUGUGUGUGUCUUGGAAAGGUUCUCUUCUGUAAAUUUGAAUGUAGUGCAGCACUUGGUGCCACAGUAUGUCCUAGAAUGUGCUAAAGUGCAGUGUGUCACAGACACCUCACACUAAGAAUCAAAACCCAGUGGGGUACAGCCUAAUAGGCAGUGUCCCUUAUUAGGCAUGGGGACCUACACAUUGAUGCGGUUGCAGUCUCUAUACUCCCUGAGACAUCCUUUUUUAAUUGAUUCACAGAAUGUGUGCGUAUCUAAAUCAGUGCUUUUAGCCUAGCUUUGUAAUAUGCUUAUCACCAGAAACCAACAUGCAUAAUGACUUUGGGUCUUUGUCGGACCUAUCAGGGAGUUUUGAGGUUUCUUCUGUUUCACCGGGUAAAAUAACUAAAAAGUCCUGAACAACUACAAGAAUAUUUCAAACAAUUGUCAGCUUAAGAUCAUUUGACAGGGGAAGCAGAGCCCUUGAGUUUCUCCUCAUUUUUGCACUGAAUAGAACUGAUUAUAUAAAGCUGAGUGUGCAUCCUGAACAUUUUAUUUGUGCUUGGUGUUGUCUGUGACCGUCAAGACUUUAGGAGGAAGAAGAGUGAGCAAGCAGAAGCACCUUACUUACUGUUGAGCAUACUGCACUUAUGUCUUGCUACUGAACACCUCAGUAGUUAGGCCUGAAGUCUCCUUUUUUGUUAAAGCACAUUAAAAUUAUUCUCCCUAAUUGCUUUGUAAGAUGAGGCAAUAAUUUUAUCCUAUAAAUGUAAUGUAACUUUAAAAGUUUUCUUACAAAAUGAGUUUAUGUCAUUGUCUAAACUAUCGUGUGUAAACAACCUUUUAAAAGUAGGGGCAGUUGAGAAAGAAGAGGGGGAGGGAGGGAGAGAACAAACUAAAUGUUGUGAGUUAUGUGAAAGGUGUUAUUUUAAAUUUUCUGUUUUGCCCACAGUAAAUGUACAACUUUGGCAUUAAUAUGAUUUGAUGGAUUGAAUUCCAGGUUUACAAAUGUCCCCUCAAAGCACAUUUAUUGGGCCACUAUAAGGUGCAUGUACAGAAAAAAACCUCCAUGCUCAAGGGUUCAUGAAAUGCUGUUUCACAUCAACUCUCAUGCAGUCAUUUAUUUUGAGAGGAAGGGGAUGUUUCAUUUCUUGUGUGUUUGUUUUUGUAGAUUCAGCUACAGUUAAGAGUAGUUCAGUUUGGGGCAUUGGAAGUACGUCAGAGAGACUGUGAAAAGUUUAAAAACAAGGUAUAGGUGUUAGAGUUGAGUUUUGACCCAACAAAACCUUUUUACUUGCAUGUUGUAUAUUAGGUUUCUUGGUCCAAAUUCCAUUGUCUUUGCAAUUAUGCAAUUACCCGUGGCAUUUUCCUUUCAUGGGAUUUCCCCUUCAUUUGUGUGAUGUAGCAAGGGUUAGACUGUGCAUCCCAUAGCAGUGACUUACAAUGUCUUCGAUGCAAUCCCCACUGCCUCAUUGAAUCUCUCUGUACUGUAUGCAUCGCCAGGUAUGGAGCCAUAAUACUUUAUGAGAAAUGGAAAAUUACAGAUCAUAUUGCAUGAGUAAAGCCCCCUGGAGCUAAAGAAACUGACACUUUUUUAAAUGAAAGUUAAAUUGGUAAACUGACUCACCAUUACUAGCUUUGUGCAAUGUUAUAAAGGCAGAAGCAAAACACUAGUGCACUGUGCUUGGCUUUACAGGAUGGCUUCCCCACCAUACAUUGAGUGAAUUGUCCGCAGCAUACUGUAAAUGCCAUCUCUUACAAAGCUAUAUACUUAGAUAUGCUCAGUUAAUAUUCUAAAGUAUUAAACACACAAAGAAAAUACUAAGCAGGCAGUUAAUAGCAAUACUAUGAAAUCUCCAAUAAUUGUUUUUACUGUUGCCUUUGCUCUUUAGUGCAACCUUUCUGCAUCGUAAUUGUGUUGCUUUUUUUUUUUUUUCUUUUUUAACAUUUUACACUCCUGACUUCAGACUUAAGUACUUGCUUACCUAGUAUUGCACUCUCCUUUCUUUUAUUGUAUAUGCAAUGUAACAACACAGUUUUGGUGCUUAACAGUAUUCCUUUUUUCUUUAAUAAAGGAUAUUUAUUUGAAUUAA